UGGCGACCGGAAAUACGCGAGCACUCCGGAAGUUAAAGGGCGUGUCCUGCUAGUUUGGCUUCCUCAACAUGGCGGCGCCCUUAUGUGUGGAGGUGGAGUUCGGAGGUGGUGCGGAGCUCCUGUUUGAUGGGGUAAAAAAGCAUCAAGUCACCUUGCCUGGGCAGGAGGAACCCUGGGAUAUCCGGAACCUCCUUGUCUGGAUCAAGAAGAAUUUGCUAAAAGAGCGGCCAGAGCUAUUCAUCCAGGGAGACAGUGUGCGGCCUGGAAUCCUGGUCCUGAUUAAUGAUGCCGACUGGGAACUGCUGGGAGAGCUGGACUACCAGCUGCAGGACCAGGAUAGCAUCCUCUUCAUCUCCACCCUGCAUGGCGGCUGAGGCCUCCUCGAUGAGCCCAAGCACCUUUGCAAGGGGAACACAGGACAACCACAGACCCCUCGGAUGCUUCCAGGUCCUCCGUCCCCCUUGGCUGCCUCCUUCCCUGCUGUACCCCUGAGCUUCCUGUAUGCAGGAAAAGAGGCCAGGUGCUAAAAAUGAGCCUUUCUGGGCAAGGCGCACGUGAGCAGGGAGAGAGAGCAGGGAGGGAGAGCAGCCGCCUGAGCCCAGCACUCCUUCCAGCAGCUGAGGUGGGGGAGGGUGCUCCUGUGCUGUGUCAGGGGUGGAGGGGCUCUGUGCCCAGGUGACCCAGCUGCUUGCUGCUAUGUCUUGGUGUAUGUACGCUCUUAGUGGUGGCCUGGAAGGCACUCCAGUUCCCGAGACAUCUUCAUGGGGAAGAUGGAUGGACUGUAGUAACUGAUGAGAGGCUCCUCCCUUGCCAAAGAUUAGAGGGGCCUCCGCCUCAGUUUCCCCAUCUGGACACAGAGAGCUCUGCUUGUCCCCCACUGAUGUCAUUAUGGAACCCCAGCUGGGGUCCCCUAUUCAGUGCUCACCUCCCUCCCCUCCACUCAGCAGCUGCUCUCCUAGCUAUACCCCUCCUCCCGUUCCCCCAUCCCCAAGCCCUUGACCCUGGCUGGCCUCCCCCCCACAUAGGCCACCAGAUGGGCUCCUGAGACACUCUCCAGGCUGCCUACAACUCAUUCUGUUGGGGGUAGAAAAUGGAAGGAAGUAGCCUAACCUUAGGCAGAGGGGGGCGGGGCCUCAGCAUGUGUAACUCCAGGCUUCCUGAAACAAGCAGGAUUUGG